AUGGCAAUUCCUACUACUCAAAAGGCAAUUCGUAUCCACGAGACUGGUGGACCCGAGGUAGUUAAGCUGGAAGAGAUCCCAGUUCCAGAAAUCACGGAAACUCAAGUUUUGGUCAAGAAUGAAUAUGCUGGUGUCAAUUUCAUUGAAACUUACUUCAGAAAAGGCAUUUACAAGGCUCAAUUGCCUGUAACCCUGGGUCGUGAAGGUGCUGGUGAGGUUGUUAAGGUCGGUUCUAAAGUCUCUAACUACUCUGUUGGUGACAAGGUUGGUUUUGUUGGCAGUGCUUUUGCUGAGUAUGUCGCUAUUGAAGCUGUUGGCAAGGCCCUCAAGAUCACCAAGAUUCCAAAGGGACUUGACACAAAGACUGUUGGUGCUGGUCUGAUCCAAGGUUUAACUGCUCUUGUGCUUACUACUCAGUCUGUAGCUCUUAAGAAGGGUGAUUCUGUUCUCGUUCAUGCUGCAGCUGGUGGUACUGGUGCCUUAAUUGUUCAACUCGCUAAGGCCUUUGGUGCUACUGUCAUUGGAACUACAUCAUCUGCAGAAAAGGCUAAAAUCGCAAAGGCAGCUGGUGCUGAUCAUGUUAUCAACUACAGAACUGAGGAUGUCACUGCUAGAGUCAAGGAGAUCACUAAUGGUGCUGGUGUUACUGGUACUCUUGAUGGUGUUGGAAAGGAUACUUUCAACAUCUCUAUUGCAUCUACCGCCAAUAGUGGAACUGUUGCUAGUUUCGGUAAUGCUUCGGGAGUUGUCCCUGAGUUCUCGCUUCUUUCACUUGAACGUAACAUCAAGGUUCAACGUCCCUCUCUUUUCAAUGCUCUUACCACAACUGAAGAUUGGGAGGCUCUUACCAAACAGUUCUUCGAUCUUCUUCUUUCUGGUGAUCUUAAACUUGACAUUAGCAAGGUCUAUCCCCUUGCUGAGACCUCUCAAGCAAUCAGUGAUCUAGAAUCUGGUAAGACCACUGGUAAGCUUGUUAUCCAAAUCUAA